GAGAAGUGAGCCGAUGACCCCAACUGCUGAGCGAUCGAGCUAGCUAGGUCCCCGGUGCCCCUGGAGCCUGGAGAUGGCAUCACUGUCACUAGCAUCGUACAAUGCAUGACACGAUUCCCAGUUACCACAGGCCACGCCCAAGUUUGUUUAUAUAUACACAUCAAACUCCCGUGGCGACCCCUACGCGCCAUUUCGUGCCGUCCUGACACGACGACCCUGAAAGCAAAAAAGCUCCACGCUUCCACCGAUGUACUCCUUCGAGCAAGACCACACGGCGGCAGCGCGUACUACGACCGCCACGUUCGACACGAGCUACCAGCCCUGCGCCGCUGGCCGCUCGCUCCAGCUCUCCGCCCAUCGUCCGGCCGGCGGCCAGCAGCAAGUCCUCCGGACCGCCGCCGUGUCCGGGUCCGGGUCCAUGUCCGCGGCCGCGGCCGCCGCCGUGCAGCCGCGGCGCGCCACAUGCAAGAGCAGCAAGAAGCACGCGGCGGCGGCGGCGUCGCGCCGCUCCUCGACCACCGUGGUCGCGACCGACGUGAACAACUUCCGGGCCAUGGUGCAGGAGCUCACUGGCUUCCCGCCCGCCGCCAUCUUCCGGCCGCUGCCGCGGAGGGUGCACGCGGCGAGCCCCUUCGUCGCCGUCUCCGCCGCCUCGGGGCAAGGAUGUGCCGGCCGGGAACAGCAUGGGCACGCAAGUUGGGAGGCGACAAACAGUAGUAGUACUACUGCCGGCGGCGGCAGCAGCAGCCCCGACGACGCUCCGGCCGUGCCGCCUGUGAUGCUGGCGGCGCAGCAGCCGCAGUUCGCGCCACUGGGUGUGUUUGACGGCCUUUCCGACCUCGGCUCGCCGGAGUUCGACUCGUGGGGAGAUUUGUCCAUCGAUUAAUAAGUACUCGGUGAUGGAACGAUUAUUCAAGGAUCGAUGGUAAUCGGUGGGGUAUUUGCUAAUUUCCUUGUGUUCAAGGGUGCUGUGUUUAUUACUGUGUGCAUGUGACCAUGUGUGCCACCCAUGGCAGUAGUGCUUGUUAUUUUCACAAGAUAUGCAUUAAUCAUGCUCAUCAGCUCAUGAGUUGCAAAUCACCUCUCGAUUGACCUCCUUGGUUUUUUAAUUACAAAGUGCUUACGUACACUAUCACAUAGGGCGGCUAGGUAUCAUUUAUCAAAUGUUACUGCCGCUUGGAACAAAGGCGUGUCAAUGUUAUUUU